AGGAAUUAAAAGAUGAGGUGCACGAAGCAGCUGUCUGGUUGCAAAGGGAAAUAUCCGAGGGAAAACAAAAAAGUCUCUGCUUGUUAUCGAAACAGCAUCAGUUCCUCCACAGCUUCCCGCCGCUGAAGGAAGCUACCGCGGAAUCUGAUCAGCUCAUAGGCGGUUCACGGGAGCGCGGCGGGCCAGGAAAGCCUCCAGCCUGAGAAACUUUUGGAUCAGCUCAUCUGCAUGGGGCCGUAAUCCAGCUCCCUGUUGGCACAAGGGUUUACUUCAUCACACCUGAGCUACAUGUUAAAGUGAGUGAGGGGUCUGUGCUGGAAAGUGAUUUAAUCCGUCCUACAAGCUUUUGGUUCCGAGGGUACAUUACACGUAUCAGAAGGGGGAUGCACCUCUAAGCAUGGCUGGGUACCAGUCAAACUCCCACUGUGAAAAGGCCACAGCUCCCAGCACAAAGCCUCCCUGCACAAGAUAGUAGCUUUGCUGAACAGCUGUGGCAGCAGCAUGAGUUACAGCAUCACCUUUGCACUGUCUGUGCCCUAAAACAUGCUCUUUGACUUCUUGUAGUCACAUGCACAAGAGCUCCCAUAUGGAAAAGAUAGAUGGUGUGGUCUUCAUCUGCUUCAUCAGCUGCAGGUGCACUCAUUUCAAUUUAAAAUGGGCAGGUGUCCUCUGCAAAAGAUCUGGGCAAUCAUUUAUGAGGUUAAUACACUGUCAGCUGACUCAGGGAUGAGCAGGAGACCCAAUAGUGCUGUCUGCAGCUCUUCUGGGCAUCAGAAAGCCCAAGAUUCAGAGCAAGUCUGAAAGAUGAAACAGUUUUCUACUUCUGCUGAACUACCAUCACCACCUCAGCAGGCUUCUGCUUUUAAUUUCUCUUCCCAGCAGUGAUGCAAUGUCAUGUGCCUCAGAUAUCUCUUACCCAAAAGAUUGACUGUUUCAUUAAUACCCUGCUAAGGAAGUCACAACAUUUCACCUGCUGACACCAGGCUACCACUACUAGGCCUUGUUUUCACUUAAAUAAAAAGGCUGCUGCUGGCUUCUCUCAUCACAAACAAAAAAUCACCUGAGAGGAAACUGCUGCCUCGCAAUACCUGAAGUACAAGAGACAUAUGUAAGAGCACAUGUCAGCCCUCUUUUUUCACCUGUAGCUCAAUCCAUCGCAGCAGUCCGUCCUAAGGUCGGCUCAAAACCAAGAUGGCAAGAGCCUACUUUAGCUGUCAAAGCCGAUGGGAUCGUGAAGGCCCCUGAUCGAAGUGUGAGCCCUUUCCCUCUUGUCCCAGCUGCGGGCUGGGAUGUGAAUGCAGUGGGCACCCAGUUACAAGAGGGAUGGGGCCUCUUGUCUUCCUCCCUUGUAACCCGAACCUGAGAGGAUGUUCCCACUCAGGAGGCGACAGCUCAAGGAAGCUUCCCCUCACAAGACUCAGAUGCUCUCCACAAGACAGUUCUCUCACCAGCAGCUGCUCCUGUCCCUUUAAGGGGCGGACUGCCUCCGACUGCCGCCGCUGAUUGGCUGUCCCUGCCCGCCUCCCUCUGUCCUUCCCGGGCGGCCGUUAGUGCCUGUGAGCGGUGUAGUUGGGCGAUGGUGAUCGUGGGGAGUGUACGGUUGCUGCCGUUCCCGCGCCCCCUCCUCGGACGAGGCGCUGGGGCGAGGGGGACGUUGCACGGUUGGGCGGCCACAGGACGCGGAGGGCUGCGUGCCGGCCGCUGGGUCGUAGUGGCCUUGGCGGCGCCCGUGGCAGUACCUGCUGGGACCGACUGGAAGGGGAGGCCGGGCCAGUGGGGGCCGGUGUGGGUAGGGGAGCGCGGUUUGGAGCGGCCGCCCCAGGGGCUACUGCGUCGCUUGGGUCUGGCGCUCCAGCUGGGUCUGCGGGCCUGCGGGUUGCUGUUGCGCUUUGGCCCCUUGCUGUUGCUCUACCCUUUGAGCCGCUUGUGGCCCGGCUUGGGAGCGCUGUGGCUGCGGCUGUUGCGGAGGGCAGCUGAGGCUGCCGGCCCCACUUGUAUUAAGCUGGGCCAGUGGGCCAGCACUCGGAGGGACCUCUUCUCGGAGGCCUUCUGUGAUGAGUUUUCUAAGCUGCACAUUGAGGUGAGCCCGCACCCGUGGAGCCACACUGACGAGCUCCUGAGGAAGGCCUUCGGUGAGGACUGGAGAGGCAUCCUCAAGUUCCAAAGCCAUGAGCCAGUCGGCUCGGGCUGCGUCGCCCAGGUGUAUAAAGCCUAUGCCGACCUCACAGCAAUCGCUGGCUCCCAGGUCAAGGAGGCAGCAGGAGGCUCCGAGUUACGGUCCGCUAUUGAAGCGUGGGAAGUGUCAGGCUUUGGAGGUCUCCUCAGCUGGCUGAGGAGGAAGAGCCAAGAGAUGGGGAAGGAGAGGAGCAAGGAGCAUCUGAGCCCAUCAAACUGCUCCCGAGGAAAUCCUGUGAGUGAGAUAUCCUUUAUGGCACAAAUGGCCAAGCCGCUCCUGAAUGCAAACCUCUCAUCAGCCAGACAUCUCACGCCUGUAGCUAUUAAAGUCCUGCACCCUGGGCUGGUCCACCAAGUCCAGAUGGAUCUGUUCCUUAUGAAGAUGGGUAGCCACAUCAUUGGACUUCUCCCUGGAUUUAAGUGGCUCAGUUUGACAGAGAUUGUGGAGGAGUUUGAGAAGCUUAUGAUUCAGCAGAUUGAUUUACGGUAUGAAGCCAGAAAUCUGGAGCGCUUCCGACAAAAUUUUGUAGAUGUCGAUUUUGUCAAAUUUCCAACUCCUCUUUGGCCUCUGGUAACAACAGAUGUUCUUGUGGAAACAUUUGAGGAGAGUAAGCCUAUUUCACACUACCUGCAUGAGGAGAUUGCCACAGAACUGAGGCAGAGACUUGCAAAGAUGGGCAUGGACAUGAUCUUAAAGAUGAUCUUUGUUGACAACUUUGUCCAUGCUGACCUGCACCCUGGGAACAUCCUGGUUCAAGGCUCUGCUUACAACAGCACUGGCUGCAAGGAGCAGACAGCCAUUGUGGACCUGUGUGACACACUCGUGGUGGAAGUGGAGCCAUCUGUCAGGAGGCUCUGCCUGGUGCUGCUGGAUGCGGGAAUUGUGGCAGAGCUGCAAAGUGCUGACCUGCAGAACUUCCGGGCUGUUUUCACAGCUGUGGUCCAGGGCCAGGGGGAGAGAGUGGCAGAACUAAUCCUGCAUCACGCUCGUGCUAACCAGUGCCAGGACAUAGAGCGGUUUAAAGCUGAGAUGGCAGAACUAGUGACCAAGGUCCGAGGGAACACCAUUGCCCUGGGAAAGCUUCAAGUGGCAAAUCUCCUCUCCAAUGUCUUUAAACUAUUGAUGACUCAUAAGGUGAAGCUUGAGAGCAAUUUUGCUUCCAUCAUCUUUGCCAUCAUGGUUCUGGAAGGUCUUGGUCGUUCACUGGACCCUGAACUGGACAUCCUAGAGGCAGCUAAACCACUGCUCAUCAAAACUGCAGCUUCUGUCCUCGAAUAGACUCCUGUAGCUGCUGCCCUCUUGCUGUGCAGGAUUACCCAUGCCAUCGGACAGAAGCUGAAGGUGGAAAAUCACAAGCAUCUUGGGAGAAAUGCUGUGCAGUCAUUACUUGCUGUUGGUGCUACCUGCAGUCACUUCAGCCAGGUACCAGGCAUGGGAUUAUUGGAAGGUCUGUUCCAGAAACCAGGAAGACUUCGUACAACUGGAGAGUUCUGACUUGUUAACACAGUUGUAUGAGCUAAUGUGCUCUGGUAGUUUUUAAACUGAUUUAGUGUAUAGCUGAGGUGCUCAAGAUCACUGUAUCCUGAUGAGGAAGACAGUCUUCCUUGUCUAAAAGCCUUUAAAAAGGUGUUAAUUAAGUCUGUUUUGAAAUAUAUCAGGUUAAAUAUUUAAUUUAUUGACUCUCAUGUGGCAGUGUGGUACAAGAAAUAAUAUUCUAGUAUCACCCAAGUAAAUAAUUCAGGCUGAAAAAAAGCCAAUGAACCUUUUUAUCUUUUGUAUUUUCAACUUCUGCUUUUACUGUAGAAGUGUUCUGAGAUCCUGCAUGGUAUGGUCUGUUCUCAGUCAUUUUGGAUGAUAAAAACAGACCAGUUGAUUUUAUUUCCCCUGCCCCAAACUUCUGUACUCCAGCACUAUAGUAUAGGAGUUUCCAUUAUAAACAGUGAAAGAAAAAAUGGGCCUAGGCAGAAAAGCUAAUUUGAUAAUAAAAGCAGCCUCUGGAAA